AUGGCUAACCCUCUCACCUCACGAGCAGCAUCCGCUAUCCUCCUUUGCACAGCCUCCUUCUUCCUCCUCUUCACGUCUUCCAACUCCGAAGCCAGCAGCAAUAUCCUCAUGGCCGGCGACACCCUCACCUCCGGAAAAUCACUCUCCGUUGGCAGCUACAAUCUUUUGAUGCAAGAUGAUUGCAACCUUGUCUUGUACGAUAACAAGAUCUCCGUCUGGGAUUCUCGCACUGCCGGCAAGGUCUCCAAGUGCUUCCUUCAUUUACAAAUGAACGGUGAACUGCUCAUCAUUACCUCGAACGCCACCCAGCCGCCGCUGUGGAGGACGGAGACGGGGGGAAAUUUCAACCGGUUUGUUCUCGUCCUCAAGCCCAACGGUAACGCGGUGGUGUUUGGCACCGCGGUGUGGUCAACGGGUACUGGUAGGAUGAAGGGAAUCGAUACUUUCGCGGUGGAUAAUACGAAUGAGAAAUCUGUUCCAUAG